CCCCGGUGGAACCUGGAUAGCGCCAGCCUGCUCUCCGGCCAUGGCGUCGGUGACUCUUGAAAGUCUUCCGGUGGAGUUAAUCGAGGAAAUUGUGGCUUGGCUAGACUUCCACGAUCACUGCGCUCUGCGUCUGACUGGACGCACCAUCUCUGUCAAAUCGUCUAAUGCUGCAUUUCGGAAUUAUUUCCUUUCCAAGAAAUUGGAAGUCGCGGAGGCCCCGCUUGAGCAGUUUGUUGGAAUUACCCAGCCAGGACGGUUCGGGCUUUGGGUCCAGGAUCUCACUUUGUAUGCACCUCCAUCACAAUCAUACGUUGAAGAUGAAGAUACCGGAGAACUCUUCCCCAUUAACCCCAGAAUAAUUGAGUUACUGGCACAAGGGUUCGAGAACAUACGUGAUAACUCCCCACACGAUGAACCGUUAUCAAUAACGCUCAGAAUUCUUGGGGAAGGUGUCAAGAGAAACGCCGCCGCCAGGGUAUUCCGGGUCACACUGUCAGCUCUUCGAAGCACUGGGCUGUCUGUCUUGUCAUUGGAUGGGUUUGCAGACGGGUUUUACCACCGUCCUGUUGGACAUGGUAGCUUUCCUAUCAGCGAAUUCCCAGAGGCUUUAUACGGCGGCAGCACGGCGGAUCUAAAUAGGCUGGCGACGACCUUCCACACAUGCAGGAAGAUUCGUCUAGGCUUGGCACACGACAUAUACAAGUUCGAUUCUGAGAGCGUCCGGGAAUUCAACUUUAGUCGAAACAGACUUUUUGAGUUGCCACCAAGCUACGAGGAAGCCCGCGAAAGCACCCGAUCACUGUCUGAAUUUCUGAAUCUGUGUGCCCCAACUCUAGAGGAGUUGCACUUGUCAUGGGAGUCUGACCCUUUUGAAGAUACAGCCGGAGUGGUAGAGAAUACCUACUUCUUCCGUCGAGUACAGGAGUCUUGCCGUUUUUCGAUCCUGAAGAGGUGCACAUUGUGUCAUUUGCACAUGUCCGAAGCCACGCUUCUGGCCUUCUUCCAUCCUCUCACUAGGCUCGAAUAUAUAAGACUAGAUUACAUUUCGAUCGACGGUGAAUAUGACGAGUUCUUUCGGCUCCUGUCUACGACGAUGCCAGAAUUGAAUUACUUGCGCCUCCAGUCUAUGUUUGAUGCCACCGGGGUCCUUAGAUAUCCGGGAGAACCCCGCGAAAAUAGGAUACCACGUCCGAAGAAUAUCCUUCGUUUUCCUGGUAUCAUUCGGACAGGAGCUGAUGCUAGGAGGCUAGUGGUAGGCAGGUAAUGAUUAUUGAUUCUAUCUGUUUGUGAAGGAAUAGGUCUCUCGGUCAUGGCCUUACCUAGCAUUUGAGUUGCAAAAAGACGGUGGAAUCACAUCGAACGAACGGCUGGAACUCCACGGCUUUUUUGCAAGCCAUCCAGUUGAAACAAUCUACCCCCCCCUCUUGAGGGAGCGUGUGAAUGACUAGCAGUGUGGCGCUUCGACCAAGUAAUCCAGCCCUGAAAACACAGAAACUAUCUGCUUGGACAUACAUGUGUGGUGCUGAAUAAUGUCAAACUUCAAAAUCUG